GGUAUGAGUUUACAUCGCAUUCCUUUAUUUGUUUGGUCCGUAUUAAUUACUGCGUUUUUGUUAUUAUUAUGUUUGCCUGUUUGUGCUGGUGCUAUUACAAUGCUACUUUGUGAUAGAAACUUUAACACAACUUUUUUUGAUCCUUCAGGAGGAGGGGACCCCGUUUUAUAUCAACAUCUUUUUUGGUUUUUUGGUCAUCCGGAAGUUUACAUCUUGAUA